CAGACAGACCGACAUUUCAUUUGCACUGUCAUUGUGACUGCACUUAUGAUGGCAUCUUUUCAGGUUUUACGUCGUUUGUGCGUGCUAACACUCAAUAAACCGGUUUAUCACGGUAGAGUUAUCUCAGCAUGCGGACUGAAGACUUCCACCGUCAAUCACAUUUCCGGACAACCUGAUUCAGUGUCCGCUGUGACAUACGAACAGCUCAAAGCCAUGCUGGCCAAUCACAGCGUGCAGCUAUUUGAUGUCAGGAAUACAGAUGAAUUCCAGGCUGGCCGGAUCCCUGAUUCUGUCAACAUUCCUUUGGGACAGCUUGAGGAGUCACUGAAACUCCCACCACAACAGUUUCAACUGCAGUUUGGGGUGAAAGCCCCUGAAAAGGAAGAUGAUAACAUAGUUUUCCAGUGCCGAAGCGGAAAAAGGAGUCUGACUGCUCUUGAAAUCGCUCAUCGUCUGGGAUUCUCUAAGGCACGGCAUUAUGCAGGCGGAUACAUUGAUUGGGAACAGCGUGAGAAGAAGUAACAGGACUUACUGAGCAACAUUUUAAAUUAACUUCUCAUCACUGCAACAGUCAUAUUAAUCUAGACCAAUAAUCUGGAAAUAGAAGAUAAAAUUAAAUAUUGACAGUUGAAACUGAAGAAAGAAUAAGUUAAUAAUAGGUCAUUAUUAUAAUGACUCAUCAAUUAUUAUAUAUGAAACCUAUUUAAUUAAGAUGAGAUUUCAUUAAUAUGUGUAUAUGAAUUACUGAGUGUAUUAGAGUCAUUAUUUAUAUAGUUUAAUGAUUAUUAUUAUCAUUAAUUACUAAUAUGAUAUUAAUAAUAUUUAAGCCACCCUAUUUCAGAUAAAUACUUAUAAAUUGCAACUUCAGAUUGUUUCAUAUUUUGACACUUGCAAAGCAAUAUAUUGCAACAGCAGAGUCAUUAUUAAUAUAGUUUUAAUGACUCAUCGAUAUAAUAAUCAUAAUAGAAUUAAUCUAUUUCAGAUAGAUAUUUGAAAUAAUUGCUCCUUCAGAUUAAAUCAGAUAAAUAAAUAAAAAAUAUAUAAAAAAGCACUGAGCUGUAAAAACCAAAUGACUGUAUAUGCUUACAAAUGUGCUUCAUUAAAAAUAUUUUUACAAAGGCA